CAUUGCUACUUCUUCGAACAAGCUAUCCCUGGAUGCUAAAUCUUAACGAAGGAGCUAUGAUGGUGGAUGGAGCCGUGCGUAGCUUUCUGAAAGUUGUGUUCAUUACAGAUGGGCCGCAAAACAGGCUCGUUCCCUAAAAGCACAUUCAGGUCUUAAUGUAACAAACUCUGGUUAGCCAUGACUUCCUUGACAGCCCGCGCGCCACUGCUUCUUGACUCCAUCGUCUCUCUACGCCGUCAAACCCACCGCGACCUCCACCAUUUCCUUCCGUGUCCGUGGAGAAGCGGUAUCACAGCUGCGAAGAACCUUUGUUGCCGUUGCCGAAUCCAUUUUAGUUAUCGAAUGGCGUCCGGCAGCACGCAAUCUCCUGCUACGCCGAAGCAGACCAUGACAUUGCCGAACGGAAACCUCUUUGAGAUUUUUGCUGGUCCAGCCCUUUCAGAAUUUGAGUUCAGAAGCGCCAUAGAGUCGCCUUUGUUCAAACAGUGGCUGAAGAAUAUGCAGGGUGAAAGAGGUCUUCUAGCGGGCGGACAAAUGCAUCUGCAGCGUGUCGAAGUUCAGGGAAUUGAUAUGUUUCAAGACCGUAUUGGCUUUUUAAAAUUCAAAGCAGAGGUAUAUGACACACAAACGGGGAUGAAGGUUCCAGGAAUUGUUUUUGCGAGAGGGCCAUCUGUUGGCGUGCUGAUUCUUCUUGAGUCUGAAGAGGAUACUUAUGUUGUCCUUACAGAGCAGGCCAGGGUUCCUGUUGGAAAGUUACUUUUGGAGUUACCAGCUGGAAUGCUGGAUGAUGGAGGUGAUGUUGUUGGUACUGCAGUUCGUGAGGUUGAAGAGGAGACUGGUAUAAACCUGAAUGUGCGGGAUAUGGUGAACCUGACAGCAUUUCUUGACACCACAACCAGUUGCAAAGUUUUCCCAUCCCCGGGUGGUUGUGAUGAGGAACUUAAUCUUUUUCUUUACAAAGGCCCAGUCAAGAAGGAAAUUGUUACAGCAUUGCAGGGGAAAGAAAUGGGUCUGCGCAACCACGGUGAACUGAUUAAGGUACAUGUUAUUCCCUACAAUAAGCUUUGGCGAUUGACAGCGGAUGCCAAAGCUCUCAUUGCUGUUGCAUUAUAUGAGAUGGCUAAAAGAGAUGGUCUUCUUUCACAAGCAAAUGUAUAAGGUGGCUUUGCUUUUUCCCUAAGAUUUUCUUUUUUAGAAUUAACUAGUUAAGUAGUUUGUACAAAUAUAUGUGAAUAUCUUAAGGAAGGAUUUUCAAAUUAAAAAGGAAUUGUUGUUAUACAUCUGAUUUAUGUGAUGGUGCA